GGGGGCUGUAGUCCAGGCGCGCGGCGGGGAGGGUGAUGGCGCCGCUGAGGAUCCGCUGCGUGGUCUCGUUCUCCUCGCAGGACCCAAAAUACCCGGUGGAUAACUUGUUGCUGGAAGAAAACAUUCAGCCCUGGCUCUGCUGCCCGCUCGAUCGCAGCCGGCAGCUGAAAGCGGAGUUGCAGCUGGAGCAAGCCAGUUGCAUUGGUUACAUCGACGUAGGGAACUGUGGCUCCGCUUUCCUCCAGAUAGACGUGGGGCGGUCCUCCUGGCCUCCAGAUCAGAAUUAUCUCACUCUGCUGCCCACCACCACCUUGAUGAUGCCAGCUGACGCCAAACUGAACAACAAUCGUUCUGGGGUGCGGAUGUUUAAAGAAGGGGACUUAUUGGCCUCAGCUCUGGCUGAGAAGUGGGAUCGAGUCCGGCUCACCUGCAGUCAGCCCUUCAACAGGCACGCCCAGUUUGGCCUCUCCUUCAUCCGCAUCCGCACCCCACGGGAUGCAGAGAACAGCCAAGUGGAUCCAGCCGCCUCUUCCCCUUGUCAGGUACUGCUCUGGGAGAUGCGUCUCCUGAGCCUAAAGCAAAGCCACGGCUCCCCAGUCCAGUCUCUGGCGGGACGUUCUUCCCAGCAGGGCUGUCGUAAGUGCCCCUCUUUGUGGGGGCUGAUCUGGCUGCUUUGCCGCUGUUCUCGUGGAGGGGGAACUCGUACCUUAAGCACCUCCCCAAAAUCUCGGGGAAGCAGAGCUUUGCCCACUCAGUCUGGGAAAGAACCCAGCCCGUACUUCACCCGGGCUUUAUCGCUUUUCUCUCUCCAGGCCCAGCACCGAGGAGGAAGCGCUGCUCAAGAGCCAGCUGCGACGGCUCGAGGACCCGGCUUCCCACCACAAGAGGCCGCGCCCAGCUUGCCUGAGCCGCCCAGCUCGGCUGGUCCUGAAGGCUGCCGCCUCUGUCCACAGGCGAGCCCUUCUCCUGCCAACCGGCUCUCCGCCACCUGCUGCGAGGAGCAGAGCGGCUGGGUGGGCACGGAGUGGGGCCGAAUGCCCCGGCACACCCGACUGGCAAGCCAUUCCCAGGUGAAUUGCAUUGCCGGCGUGUUCCAUCCCACAGGGCCCAAACAGGAGCAGUCGGUAAGGAGCGGUUGCCUGAAAGCGAAGAGAAGACGCGGAUCAUCCCACAGCAGCGGGGGGAGACCUAGGAAUAGUUCUCGAAGGGAGGGAGGAGCCCCCAGCCAGAGAAGACAGCCAUGGACCAGCGGAGAGGGAGAAGAGGAGGAGGAGGAGGAGGAAGAAGGGAGCAGGCCCAGAGAAGGAGAUGCUGUGUUGGGCACCUGCCCAAUCUGUGCUGGUUCUUUCCCCGCCAGGGUCUUACCAGUCCAUGCCUCUGGUUGCGGAGAAGAGGCGGACACGGCUCCUUCGCCACCCUCGUGGGAAGCCUGGGUGGGCUGCCCCAUCUGCCAAGUCCGGUUUCCUGCCGCUGAGGUGGAGGGUCACGCGAGCAGCUGUGGGGAAGAUGCUUGAUCUUUGGCUGCUGAUCCCUUCCGCAGCCCAGAGACGAGGGCGGAAGGCAUCCGCUACAGCCGGUCCCUGCGUCUGAGACUUCGCCCGCC